AUGGUGACAAAUACUGAUCUAGAAUUGGGAGUUGUAGCAGCAGGGGAAUCAUCAACAGAGAAUGCAUUCAAAGACGAAUAUGUUCCCCCCUGGUACAAACAAAUUACGUUGAGGGCAAUGUUCACUGGAUUCGUCCUCAGUGUCGUUUUCAACUUCAUUGUUUGCAAACUCAAUCACACUACUGGUGUUAUCCCUUCUCACAAUGUUGCUGCUGGACUAUUGGGAUUCGCUGGAAUCAAAUCAUGGACGGCUCUUACUCAGAAAUUUGGAAUGUUGAAACAGCCUUUUACUAGACAGGAGAAUACCGUCAUACAGACGUGUGUCGUUGCUUCUUCUGGCAUUGCUUUUAGUAGUGGCACAGCAAGUUAUCGAAUUGAUGAUGAGCAUACUAGACACAGCUUCUGGAUUGAUGGGAGAUUUCAAGACUGGUUACUUAACCCUUACAUCCCCGCGUUCCAUGUUCUUUAG